UGGAAGGGAAAGCUGCUUUUCAGCACUCCCCAUUGUGCGCUUUGUCAGACACGUAACUGGCAACACACAAGGAAGCCGCUCUCUCUGCUGUCGUCACUGAGGUCAACCAGUCGGCAGGAAAAUGGCGACCGCCUAUGAAAGAUACAAUUUACACACAACCCCUGAAAAGUUCUUCAUUGAGGCCUGUGAUGAGGGGGCUGAUGCUGUCCUGGUCAUUGACCGAGUUUCAAAUGAGAUGACCCUCACAGGUAGACAGGAUAUUCCUCCCUCUGCUGUAACCAGACCUAUUUGUGGGAUCAUGGGAACUAUUCGCCUGGUUGCAGGGAUGUACCUGAUUGUCAUAACCAGGAAAAGGAAUGUAGGCAACCUCCUUGGCCAUGCUGUGUGGAAGGCUGUGGACUUUGAUGUGAUCUCCUAUAAGAAGACAGUGCUUCAUCUCUCAGAGAUACAGUCUCAGGAGAAUAAGACCUUCUUGGCUAUGAUUAACAACGUGCUGACUACAGAUGGCUUCUACUUUUGCACUGACUUUGACCUAACACACACACUGCAGCGAUUGGCCAACACCAGCCCUGACUUCCAGGAGAUGAGUCUGCUGGAGAGGGCAGAUCAGAGGUUUGUCUGGAAUGGUAAUCUUUUGAGAGAACUAGCUGGCCAGCCCGAGCUCCACAGGUUUGCACUGCCUGUCAUUCAUGGAUUCAUUGUCAUGAAGCCAUGUCGUAUAAAUGGGAAGAUCUUUGAGUGGAUCCUCAUUUCCAGGCGAAGUUGCUUCAGAGCUGGUGUCAGAUACUAUGUUAGAGGCAUUGACCCUGAAGGCCAUGCUGCUAAUUUUGUGGAAACCGAGCAGAUAGUUUUGUAUGAGGGAGCAAAGGCUUCAUUUGUACAGACACGAGGCUCUAUGCCGUUUUACUGGAGCCAGAGGCCCAACCUGAAGUACAAACCUAAACCUGUAAUCAGCAAAACCAUGAAUCACAUGGAUGGUUUCCAGAGGCAUUUUGACUCACAGCUACUCAUAUAUGGAAAACAAACUGUUCUAAACCUGGUGAAUCAAAAAGGCUCAGAGAAGCCACUAGAGGAAGAGUUUGCCAAGAUGUCCUCUGGUCUCAACAAUGGCAUGCUCAACUACUUGGCCUUCGACUUUCACAAGGAGUGCAGUCACAUGAGAUGGGACCGCCUUCAGAUCUUGGUGGAUGCUGUCUCAGAGACACAAGAUGAAUACGGCUACUUCAUGGUGAACUCGGAUGGAAAGAUAUUAACCCAGCAGAAAGGAGUUUUCAGGAGUAAUUGCAUGGAUUGCCUGGACAGGACCAAUGUCAUUCAGAGCCUGCUGGCCAGACGCUCACUUCAGUCUCAGCUUCAGAGAAUGGGAGUUCUGAAUGUGGGUCAGCGUAUUGACGAGCAGGCCGAGUUUGAGAAAGUCUACAAAAACGCAUGGGCUGACAAUGCCAAUGCAUGCGCUGUGCAGUAUGCUGGGACUGGAGCCUUAAAAACAGACUUUACAAGAACAGGGAAGAGGACUAGGUGGGGACUGUUGAUGGAUGGCUGGAACUCCAUGAUCCGCUACUAUAAAAACAACUUUUCAGAUGGAUUCAGACAGGAUGCUAUUGACCUUUUCCUGGGUAACUUUGCUGUUGAUGAGUCAGAUGGGCCCACUCCUCUUCGUGUGAAGAAGGACUGGAAGUUCUUAACACUGCCCAUUGUCAUGCUGGUUGCAUUCUCCAUGUGCAUUGUUUCUCUUCUUCUGGCUGGUGACACGUGGACAGAGACCCUUGCUUAUGUGAUGUUCUGGGGGAGCGCCAGUGCAAUCACAGCUACAAUCAUCUUGUUUAAUGGCCAAGACUUUGUGGAUGCCCCAAAGUUGGUUCACAAGGAAAAGAUGGACUGAGUGUGUGUUUGUGCGUGCGUGUGUACGGAGCCUCUGUCAAACAGGUGCUCCUUUACCUUAUCUUCACUGCUUUCGUUCACAGAUCUUAUCUGAUUUAAACUAAUCUGCUGUCUCUGUGUUGUUCUCUGGAUUUUUGUUUUUCUGAUGUUUGUCUACAGCAAAGUCAACCUUCUUUAGAUGUGUGUCCAUAAUUCUGUACAUUUAUGUACCUAUGGUGUUCAUUCCAUAUUUUGGUUUCACUAGAUGGUUUUGAUGAUCUUGGUUGGUCGGGUGACAAAAAAUAUUCAUGUAAUACAGUACUGUUCAUUUCCUUUGGGGUAAGAUUUGUUUGUUUUUGCUAUGCUACAUACCUUUUUCUGAAAUAUGGUGUUGUCAACCCGGAAUUGUCAACCCCAGGCUGUGGGACUUAAACAUGAAGAUAUUUAAAGUAAUUAGUUGUAUUUCAUUUAGAACAACAUUAUAUAUGCACACAGGGUUUUGAAUGUAACAAAGUUUACAAAAUUGUGUGUGGAAUAUAUGUGGCUAUACUACAAUGAGUAAAUAAUGUCUUCCUAUUAAAUUUAAUUUCAAGACAUUUUUUUGAUAUUUUUGUCAGCUAUCUUGAUUUGCAUAAGUGUAAACUCUGCCAUCUACAUAUAGCUGAUAAUGUGUUUUUCAUUUUCAUUUAAACUUUUUGUUAGAUUAGGAAAAAUGUUUUUUCUUCCUGUUUUCUUCCUACUUUUCAGAGCUUUUACCAAGAGGAAAAAAAUGUAAAAUUAAUUUUUGCUGCUUGAUCUUUAGCAUAAGAUGGCUGGUUAUGCAUCAUUUUGGAAUCAACAGCUUUGGAUGAACGUCUUACAAAUAUUGUUUGUCUUUUUCUUUCACAAGAAACAAAUAAAAUAUGCUAAAACAUAA